AUGGCGGCGGCGGCGCUGGACGCCUUGAGGCGGGGCGGCGCGGGAGCGGCCGAGGCGCUCUUCGAGGCCCACACGGCGGCCGAGCUGAGGGCGGCCGAGCGGCAGCUGCGCGCGGGCAUCGAGGGGAAGCGCGAGGAGCUGCGGCAGAUGGUCGGCGAGCGCUACCGGGACCUCAUCGAGGCGGCCGACACCAUCGCCCAGAUGCGCCUCAGCGCCCAGCGCCUCCUCGAGACCGUGCGGGGCCUCCAGCAGCGGCGGCAGCAGCGGCGGCGCGCGCGGGGACGAGCCGAGCCCGCCCCCUCCCUGGCCCGGGAGGCGGGGGCGCAACAGAUAGUUCUCCCGUCACAGGAAAAAUUCUAUUCCUUGGCAGCACAGACCCAACUGCUGCUGCAGAUCCCUGAGAAAAUCUGGAGCGCAAUGGAAUCUUCCCAGUACUUACAAGCUACACAGUUGUACCUGCUGUGCUGCCACCUCCAUGGCAUCUUGCAGUUGGAUCUGUCUGGCACCCACUACAGCCCUAUCCUGGCCCGUUUCCCCAUCCUUGCACGCCAAGUGGCAGCAAGUAGCCACUUCCGGUCCACUAUCCUACAAGAGAGUAAGUCACUGUUGAAAUCCCGGACUGUUUUGGACCAAUCAGUAGCAGAGGCCUUAUGUUCAAUCAUGCUUCUUGAAGACAGCUCUCCACGCCAGGCUCUGGCAGACUUCCUGCUGGCCAGGAAAUCUGCAAUUCAGCAGCUUUUGAACCAGCCCCAUCAUGAUGCAGGCAUAAAAGCACAAGUCUGCUCCUUGGUGGAACUCCUAGCCACCACUCUGUAUCAAGCGCAUGCUCUCUUCUACACCUUGCCAGAGGGGGUGCCCGCAGACCCAUCCCUCCCUUCUGGCUUGCUCUUCUUGGCACUGGAGACCAUCACAAGCCAGCAUCCAGCAGGUAAAGGCAUCUCAGUUUUGAAAGAAGAAACCGUGUUGAGCACCUGGUUCAAAUACUUGCCUCCUUCCAUAACAGAAUUCCAGCCGACCCUCAGAACUCUGGCUCACCCCAUUAGCCAGGAUUACCUUAGAGAUACGCUGCAGAAAUGGAUCAACAUGUGUAAUGAAGAUAUCAGAAUCGGGAUUACAAACUUGCUGGUAUAUGUGAAGAGCCUGAAAGGUCUGGCCGGCAUCCGUGAUGCAGUGUGGGAGCUGCUCACCAGUGAAUCCAUGAGCCAGAACUGGGAGACAGUGUGUUGCCGGCUCCUAGACAAGCACAUUUCUUUCUGGGAAGAUCUGUUACAACAGCUCUUCUUGGACAGAUUACAGACUCUGACCAAGGAAGGAUUUGAUGACAUUGCCACCAGCUCUGGGGAGCUCCUUACGCUGGCUGUACAAGAGCUCGAAGCUAAGUUUGGCAGCCCAGCCCACAGCAAACACAUCCUAUUUGAACAGAACAUGGCCUCUUUCUUGUGGUCAGAGAGCCCUAAUGACUUGCCGCCUGACGCUGCCUGGAUCACUGUGGCAAACCGCAGCCAGUUCACCAAGGGUGGGUUGUCCAUGAAAGCUCAGGCUCACAGCCCUUGUGUCCAGAGCUUCUGCAGCACUCUGGAUUCUAAACUGAAGGCCAAGCUGGAAGACCUUCUGUCCUACUUGCCCUCAGACUCCACCCUAUCCAAGGAAACUCUGAAAAUGCAGCCUGGGAACUCUGCCUUUGACAGAUAUGCUGACACAGGCACGGUGGAGGAGCUGUUGCGCAGCCACUGCGUCUGCUGUGUGGAUUACUUGUUGGGCAGCAUAAGGAAAGAGCUGCAUCGUGCUGAGGGUGUGCUUCAAGGCUUGCACAGCCCCAUGCUAAACACUGUACUCUUCAUGGCACGGCUCUGCCGGUCGCUGGGGGAGUUGUGCCCACACCUGAAGCAGUGCGUUCUGGGUAAAUCAGGCAGCUCAGAGAAUGUGACAAGGGAGUUCUGGCCUCUGAAAAAGGUGGGCAAAGGGAAAACUCCAGAAGUGAAUCCCAUAAAGGCGAAAUGGCAAGAGCUGAAUGAACGACUGCAGCAGUGCAGCCUGUCUGCCUAUCAAAUAUGGAGCAGCGUUGUUGCUAAAGUCCUGGUUCAGAAUUUCACACAGUCCUUGCUGAAGGAUGAAGCUGGGUCCAUUCUAGCCACAGCUACCAACUGGGAGGAGAUUGAAAUUGAGGAGGAGACUGAGAGUGGAAGCAGUAUCAAGUCCAAGAUACGACUGCCUGUCCAGCCAUCCUGGAGUGUCCAAGCUCUUCUCUUCAGCCUGUGCCAAGAAGUCAGUCGAGUUGGUGGUCAUACCCUUCCAAAGGUCAUCUUGCAAGAACUACUGAAGACUUGUAUGACUGAAAUAUUAGCUGGCUAUGAAAAAUUAUCAGAAGGGAAACAAGAAAAGAAAGAAGGAGUGUUGCCAAUCACCCAGAACAGGGCUUUACAACUCUUGUAUGAUCUUCGGUAUCUGAACAUAGUGCUGACAACAAAGACUGAAGAUAUGAAAAGCAGCAGAAACAAGCAAGAUUCAAGAAUUGAGAAACAGACAGACUUUCUGGAAAGCUACAUAGAUCCCUUUGACUUGGAUGUCUUCACCCCACACUUAAACAGCAACCUUAACCGCCUUGUGCAGCGAACCUCUGUCUUAUUUGGCUUAUUAAUUGGGGCAGAGAACCAGUACACUAGCCGAAGCAGUCCUCCAACUUCUCAAGAGUUACACAACACCCUACCUCUAGCAUCUAGUCAGAUCAGGUUUGGGCUCUUGCCACUCAGCAUGUCAACCUCUCGGAAGACUAAGUCAGUUCUGAGAAAUUCUGAACAUAAAGCUCAGAUUCCAGCUCCAGCCCUUACAAGAGCAGAAGAGAUGUUCCGGCCUGGGUUCCUGUUCAAACAGCUUGCCUCAGAAGAGGAAGAUACAUCAGCACCAUCAUUGUUUAAGCUUGGCUGGCUCUCUAGCAUGACCAAGUGAUCUAAUAAAGUGUGAACUAU